UUCAUCCGGCCCGGUUCAUCUAAUUUCAUUGUCUUCUCCCAAAAGUUUGACGACCAGAGCGGGAAACGAAAAGAUUUUGAAUCCUCGGUUUUUCUCGCUCCACACACACCACACACAGACCCAGUUCUCAUAUUCUUCCUCUCUUUCAUCUUUGUUCAUGUGGGUUUGUUCCUAGUUUUCAUCUUUCUCCAUCUGGGGUUGACUCGCUGGAAACAAAGCUUGUUUUGGAACGAGGGUUUAUUUCAAUUUCGAUUUUGCAUACGAAAAGAAUGGCCUGCCGGAUUAGGAUAAAAUGAACACGAACGAAGCGAGCACUUCCGGCGGCGGUAAAUUUCACACCGUACAGCCUCUUCGUGACUUGGAAUCAAAUUGGGAGGUAGAUCUUGCCAAUAAUCUCCAAGAGUAUUUGCUCAAGAUCUGCUCCGGUGAGAUUACUGGUGGUGAAGAUGAUAGUCACCUAUCUGUGAAUUUUGCGGAAGCUGCUUUGCUGCUCCAAGGUUCAAUUCAGGUGUACAGCCGGAAGGUCGAGUAUCUCUAUUCUUUGGUUGUUCAUGCUUUGGAGUUCAUCUCUCAACAAAGUAAGCAACAUGAUCAACCAGAGAAUGCUGCACCAGGCCAAGAAGAAGAAAAUGGCCCAGUUGUUACUCCUACUGAACCAGAUGAUUCUUUUUGGGGCUCAGAUGAUAUUCAAGUUGACGCAAAGAACUCAUUGGAUAGAUCAAAAGACAGCAAUACCCUUUUAAACAGCCAUGUAAAGCCUCCUGCAAACUUGGUUGUUCUUGAGGGUGAUUGUUUAGAUACAAGUGGAGACAGUGGGGAGUUGGAGUCUUAUUUGUUAGCUACAAAUGAUCUCUAUAAGGAUUUUAUUCUCUUAGAUGCAUGUGAUGCAGUUGCAGUUGAUGAAUUUUUGAAUGGGAAUGAUGAAGUUAACAAGACUAAAAAUAAUUCUAGAGGAAGUUCUAUUGGGUCUAAAUCUAGAAAGACAUUUAUGUCACCUUCAAGACGUUCUGGUGGAUUCAUGUCACCUUCAAGACGUUCUGGUGGAUUCAUGUCACCUUCAAGAAGGUCUGCAGGAAAGACUGUUGACCCUGGUCCAAGUCAAAAUGCAUAUGAUGAUAAAAAGUUUGAAACUAAUGACCAUCAUAUGGAUGAUCAUGGAUUCGACAUGGAUGAUGGGUUUUCACAACCAGAGGCAUUUGAUGAUGAUUCAGAUGAAGAAGACGAAGAAGAUCCAUGGAAACCUUUAAAUCCUCAUGAAAAGGGGAACUUGAAAAUUAAGCCCUUUAAAAAAGUUAAAGUUUACAGAAAAGAUUGGCCAAAACCAACCACCAAAGUCUCAAUCACAGAAGAGUUUCCACUUGCAAAAUUGCAUGGUCCUAUUAGUGUAGAGCUUCAUGAAAUAUGGGAGGCACAACAUGGAAAAGAUCAUGAGUCACAAUCUCCUCCAUAUUAUGAAAAGCUUCGACAAUCGCUUGUUGAAGGAGAUGAUGAAAAUAUUGGCACAUUUAAUAAUAAUGAUAAAGAUGAUGAAGACGAUGUAUAUGAUAGUGGGGGCCAUGAUUUCAUGCCAGAUGAUGAUUACAUGAAUGAAGAUCAUUUCAAUCAUGAAAAUCAUAUGGAUGAUGCUACUCAAUUUGACAGCAAGGAACCAGUUGAGCAUGAAGAGCCAAAGUCUCAUGAGAAUCUUGAAGACUUGUGCCGAUCUCAUCUGGAUUCUCUGCUUGCAAGUAUCUCCGAGACAGAAAAGCAGACUGCAUUAGCAGCCCGGGUCUCAACCUGGAAACAACGAAUCGAACAAAACUUAGAUGAACAAGAUGCACGACCACCGUUUGACAUUCACGAAUACGGUCAACGCACUUUAGACAAGCUCUCAUUCCAAGAAGACGUGGGCAAUUCCAUGUCUUUCACAGACGUUGUCAGAGGUCUAGAGAAACACGACGUCGCUCGAACAUUCUCCGCACUUCUCCAACUGGUGAACAAUGGAAACGUUGAAUUGGAAAGGGGCGGGAUCGAGGGCGGACAUGUUUGUUACACGGGUGAGAAUCCGUUCCAUGUUCGUCUUCUUACUAACGUGAAAAGACCGGAAGUAAGACUUAGAUCUGCGAAUAAGAGACCAAAGGCUCAAAUGAAGAGAGGAAAAGAGAACCAUUCACCACCGGGGUCGGUGUCACCUCCGAGAUCUAUAAAGGUAGGGAAAGUCGGUGGAAUUAGGCGUACGCCGGAAAGCAAGAGGAGACGGCGGUCAAGAUUGGUUGACCAUGAUGGGUUGAUGAUGUCUCCAGGGUGAAUUCUCUGUGAGUUUGUGAAGAUUGUGUAAUUCUGUGCUAUUGUGUACUGACAGUUAUUUUAGGUUUGUAACAAAUAUUCUGCACUAAUUCAAGUCAGGGCUCUUCUAA